AUGUCGGCUUGUCCUUCUCCUCGCAUCUUCCUGUUUUGCGGUGAAGGGGCUCACAGCGCGGAGACGGACAUUGCUUGCCUGAAAUUGUCCAGAUCGUGGCCUGCUGUAGAGGAUGCUCUUCAGCAAUUGGGAUUGUCCAAUGCGGAAGCUUUCUUGCAGCAAAACCUUGGAAAGCACUGUGCGCCCACAUCUCCUGUGGUAUCCGUGGUGCUUAACAUGCUCAACGCAGACCUGUGGCAGCAGUGGGGAGAAGUGCCUUCGGUGGUCGUGGGUCACUCCGUGGGUGAAGUCGCUGCUGCCUAUGCCGCUGGCAUCUUCACAGCAGGGCAGGCCAUCAGCUGCGCUUAUCAUCUUGGUUUGGCCAUGUUGGAGAUGAAGGGAACGAUGCUCCACACGGAAAUGCAACGAAAAUGUUUGCCAACUGAGGAUGGGUUCCAGUUGGCAGCGGUGAACUAUGUGAUCAAGAGAGGAGCCACUGAGGAGGAGGAUUUGCUCAGCGUGACCCUUUGUAGCCUUGGUUCUGCUGAGGAGUACUUAGCCAAGGAUUCGAAAGCCACACUUCUGAAACCGGAGCAUGCUUGGCAUCACCGGGCAUGCAAGCUGCCAGACUCCCUGACGCUUCCUCACGGCCAACGUUCUUCCAGGAUCUUCAUCUCUGCAGUCACAGGGACUCAACUGGAGGAACUACCGGAAGAUCACUGGCAGCGCUGGUGCAACUCCCCUGUGAAUUUUGAAAAAGCUCUGGAGAAAGCAAAGGGGAUGCUUCAAGGAGCAUCUCCGGUAGUGCUGGAGAUGGGGCCGCAUCCAGUCCUUUACCAAGCUGCCAAGGCGAGCUUCGAGGACCUGGCGUGGACCUACGCGUGUUCCAUGCGUCGUGGCGAGAAAACGGGCCACGUGUUGCGCCGCUCCCGGGCCAUGCUGCGCUCCAACGAGACGUUGCGCUCCCAGCUGCAGGAGAUGGUGAGUCAGCAGCAGCUUCAGCUACAUGCCGACUUUGAGAUCAGCUUUGAAGAUCAAGGCAUCGGGUCACAACAUUUGGUCUCAUUGGCUCAGCAACUGGAGAAGUUCUUCCCCAUGUUGGCAGCUUACGAUUUCUACCGUUUCAACUCCUUGGAGAAACUCAUCCAACAUUGGGACACGGUUGACACCGAUGGUCACAUCGGAUGGUCUCACACAGCUACAGCGCUGGACAUUUUGGGUUGUGGGCUGCGCUUGCCUGCAGGAGUGGCUUCUCCAGGUGCCUUUUGGUCCUUGCUGGAAAAAGAUGACCAGAGCAGUGCUUUCAGAUCCAAGCUGCCAGGGAUCACUGCUGCCUUUCUGCACUUCGAUCAAGUGGCGGCUGCUGUGGAUGGUGUAGAAGGUGCAGAGGCAGCUGCCAUGGAUCCCCAGCACGCCUUUGCCCUCCAAUUGGCAGCUGAGAUGUUCCAAGACGUCGAAGCGACCCCCGCAGGGCCGGAGAUCUUGAAGCUUUUACGAGAAGCUCGGGAGCGGGUCGGCGUCUACAUCGGUGCCUGGCAAGAGGUGGCACCAUCGACGGGUGGGACCUCGGCCUAUCAGACGAUUGGUACUUCCUUGAGUGCUUUGGCCGCACGGGUGGCCAAUGCUUAUGACUUGCAGGGCCCAGCCAUGACGAUCAACACGGCAUGUUCCUCUGCAUUGGUCGCAGUGCAUGAAGCAUUGAAAGAUGCCAAGAUUGGACGGAUUGACUUUGCGAUUGUUGGUGGAGUCAACUUGUUCGGUGAAGAUCUACAGCUUUUCCACCAGCUGCGCCGAGCGAUGAUGUUAAGUCCUUCCGGCAGAUGCCACACCUUCUCGGCCGAGGCCGAUGGCUAUGUGCGUGGAGAAGGUGGAGUGCUCUUCCUUUUGGCUCGAGAGGACUUGCGCCUUCCUUCUUGUGGACGCAUUUUGGGCUCGGCAGUGACCCAGAACUCCAGGCGUCGGCCUUUGUCGUCCGUGGAUCCUUUCGCCCAAGAGCAUGCCAUUCGCUUGGCCUGCGCCGACGCCCGGCUCAGUCCCUCGGAGCUCUCCGCCGUGGAGCUGCACGGCACCGGAACGCCCUUGGGCGACCCCGUCGAAGUCUCGGCCUUGGCCAGGACACUUGGAGACUCCACGUGUUGGAUGACCGCAGCCAAGAUGCACGUGGGACACUUGGAGUCUGCUGCCGGUGCUGUUGGCUUGCUGAAAGCAAUGCUGAUGUGCCAACAUCGCAGGGUACCGGCCUUUAAGAUCGGCAGGCUGAACCCGCAGGUGAUGGCUGCCAUGGAGGGCUCCUGUCUCAAGCUGGGAGAGGAAGGUGUUCUCAUGGAGGAUGCCAAGGUGGGUAUUUCCAGUUUCGGCUUUGCUGGCAGCAAUGCACACGUGGUCAUCACAGCUCCGAGAGAAGGUGCGAACCGCCCACCGUACGAGGCACGCACAGAGGAGCGUCAGAGCGGUAGCGGCAGCGAAGCGGUACCGAAGCAGGUUGUGAUUUCACAUGAAGCAGGUUGUGAGGAUUUCUCAGCACCGAGUGGUGUUCCAGCUGAAGAUUUCACCAGACCUUUGCCCAACGCUGGAUCAUCGGAAACUACGACUAAGAACCAAGGCGACAUGCACGAUGAGCAUGUGGAGGAUGUGGCGAUGAUAAACCGCUUAAGGUUCGUCAGCAGCGCUGUCCUGUCCAUCGUGGGAGGCGAUGGAUCUGUGGAUGUAGAUGCAGAUUUACAUGAGUUGGGACUGGAUUCCUUGGGUUUGGCUGAAUUGCUUGGCUUGUUGGAGGACAAAUUUGGUCCUGGCUGCAUUGGAGUGGAGAAAAUCAUGGAUCAACCGACAUGUCGCGCCAUCGCCAGCAAGUUGGACUCUGUUCAGCUUGAAACUGUCCAUUUGCCCGAUCUGCCCGUGCCGCCUGUCGUGCCACCUGUGGCACCUGUGAGGGUACCUGUGGCACCUGUGGUACCUGUGGUGCAAGCGAAGAAGACCGGCAUUGAGCAGCGCGUGAUGUCCAGUGACGACCACGGUGACGACGGUGACGACGGUCAGUGGAUUCGGACGACCCAUGUGGGCUCACUUCCUCGGCCAGAUAAGUCUGGAAAUCCGAUUGAUUUGGUAAUUCUUCAACAAACAGAAAUCGACCUGGACGUCAUCAAUGAUGGCGAGUGGGGUCGGGAGAACUACAUCUCUGACGUGAUCAAUCGUGUGUCAGGUCUGAAUGGUGGUGACAUGGGGCCAGCUUCAGCAGCCUUAGCAGCUUCAGCAGCUUGCUGCAACAAACAUGCCAUGCCACUUGCAGCUGAUAUGCUGGAUGUGCCGCUGUACGCUCAACGCUUCUCAGGAGGUAAUGGGUUGAUCACCUUGAACCCCAAGCGAGAGGCUGUCAGUGGCUUGGCAUGUGUGGCCCAUCCCAAGUACAUCGCUCCAGAAAUCCCCAACUUGAAGGCCUUCGUGACUGCAGUGGCUGCAGCGGGCAAAUCGGUCUUGGAUUGCUUCCACUCAGUGCCCUCUCCCGGAACAAUGGCACUCUUUUGCCGGGACCUGGUUUUCAACGAUCACAAGGCGUAUGUUAUGGCACUGGCAGAUGCCCUUGCUGAGGAGUACCAGCUCAUUGCCCAGCAUGGCCUCCUGCUUCAGGUGGACUGUCCUGACCUGGCCAUGGGUCGUCAUACCAAGUGGUCUCAGUUGAGCCACGAGGACUUCAUGGACGUGGCCCGUUGUAACGUGGAGGCCUUGAAUCGAGCAUUGAGAAAUGUCCCAAUACAUCAAAUCCGUGUGCACGUGUGCUGGGGCAACUAUGCUGGACCACAUCAUCAGGAUAUGCCUGCAGAGCACUUGUGGCCGUUGCUUGGGGAGGUGAAGGCCAAGUACUUGUUACUGGAGGGUGCAAAUGGACGUCAUCGAGCAGAUGUGCAGUGUUUUGAGUCGGCGGUGAAAAAGGGCUACUUCAAGAGCCACCAGGUCAUCGUUCCCGGGCUGAUUGACACCACCACGGCACGGGUCGAAGAUCCACGUCUCAUCGCGGAGGAUUUGCUGCGCUACGUCCGUGCCGCCGGGCAUCCGAAGCAUGUGAUGGCCUCCACCGACUGCGGCUUCGCAUCCACGGCACGGUCCACGGCCAUCACUGCGGACUUAGCUUGGAUGAAGCUCCGCAGCUUGGUUGCCGGGGCUCAGCUUGCCACUCGCCGUUUCUUGGAACUGCGCUCGCCGGUGCUGUGCCGUUCCCUUACGCUGGAGAGCACACCCUUUCGGGCUGCGAUUUUCACUGCAGAGGAGCCCGUUGCAAUGGACUGCGCCUCCCAGCUUCGUGCAGCGCUGGAGGAUGUCGCCGGAGCCACGUGGUGUCCGGCGCUGCACUUCACCAAGCUGGAAGAGGCCAAAGAAGCGCUGCAGUGGAUCGUGGAUGUGCCGUUGGCCUUCAUCUCGUUGGGCGAUGGUUUGUCCUUGGCACAAGGUGUCCACACAUGGCUCAACGACCCGAUGAGUGGCGUGGUCUCUCGACGAGCUGAGACCUGGUGCAGCUUCGAGGUGGAAGAGUUCUCGAAGAGAAACCUCAAAGACAUGGCCAAUGAGGUAUGCCUGAAAGCCUUGGCUCAGACGACCUUCGACAAGCGCUGCCUGGUACUUCCGUCGCAGUCAGUCCCAAGCACGGUGGACGUGGUUGUGGUGGGUGCCGGGUUGCUUGGCAUGCUCACGGCGCAACGGUGUACAUCAGCUGGCUUCAGUGUGGCAGUGCUGGAGCAGCGUCCGGUGAUUGGAGGAAUUUGGUCCAUGUAUGCCAACAGCACCUCACAGGUGAACAGCUCAGAAGGUGGCUACUGCAUUAAGGAUCUUCUCCAAGAGGAGGAGGAUGGCAGUCAUGACAACCGCGACCACAGCACUGCUGCAGAAGUUCUGAAAGACUUGGCCAAGCUAGGUGAUCAAUUGAAACAGCACAUCUUCACUUCUGUAAAGGUCAUGAAGAUUCUGGGCGAACAGGGCAGCUACACGGUGCUCUUCGAAAACGAAUUGGCGCAAGGUGCUGGGAUCGUUCAGUGCCGUGGUGUGGUGCUGUGCGUCAACGACCGUGUUGGGUUACCGAGACCACUGGAUGUGCCUGGGAAAGAGAGCUUCCAGGGAGUGGUAGCUGAUGGCACAUCAGAUUCACUGGCAGGCGUAGAUUGGUGUGGCAAGCGAGUCGUCAUUGCUGGAAUGGGCGCAUUUGCUGUGGAGAAUGUGCGUACCGCCCUAGAAAGAGGCGCAGCAGAGGUCGUCGUGGUGGCCCGUCGUCAUGGCACCAUUUGUCCCAAGGCCAUUGACUAUUUGAACUUUGUGAAACCAUGGGAUGAGAAGUACAAGCAUGACACGCAGACCAAUGUGAAACAGUUCUUGCGGUGGAAGCAGCUCUACGAAGCAUCUGGCUGUCAAGUGCCUGAAUGUUGGCCUAAGCAGGUGAAACAUGACGGCCACACCAUUUCAGUGAGCGACAUUUGGUUCAUUGCCCAUCACAUGAAGAAGCUGACCACCAAGACAGGUACGAUCAAUCGCAUUGAGAAAGAGGGCGUGGUGUUGUCGAGUGGAGACUUCAUGGCAUGUGACGUGGUGGUGGGCUGUAUUGGCUUCGAACGAUCCAACACACUGUGCGAAUGGCUCACGGGGCGCAAGGAGGUGAAGACCACAAACUAUUUGGAUCAGCACAUGAUGUACUUGGCCGACGCAGAGAUCGACGAAGGUGCAUUCAACUCCUUCUUCGGCUCUUCGGUCUUGGAGUAUGGCAAGUUCUUCACCAAUGUCUUCGUGGAGGGCCUCAAGCGGCCAGACGUCUUGGCUCAGCAGCUUUGGGGCGAGCACACCACAUCGGUGCCGAUUUCACAGAGGAAGUGGAAUCAGUACAUUGCUUCUGCCAUGAAACUCAUUGACGCAGAUGAUCAGAUUGCUCAACAUGCUCAACAACAGGUCGACAUGCGCACGAAGCAUUUCUACCGCACAAUGCCUCCCAAGAGUUUUGUGGCCGUGAACCGCCGGGAAUGGGAGGAGUUGCAUCAACGGCUUAACGGAGGGGAGCCUGCCGCGCCUGAUGGUGCCACUGACCCUGAGUGGGCAGUCCUCCCAGAUAAACGGGAAGGAAAGUGGCGGCUCCUCAAGCUCGGAACAACGGCUUCCAAUAGCCGAUGCAGCAUUGGGGACGAUGAGAAGCACAAAGGCCGUCAUUUUGCACCGCUCCACAAAAUCUACUUUUAUGACGCGUGGCGGGUCAACCCGAUCUCAGAUUUGAUGCAGCCCAUGAAUUCAGACGAGGAAGGUGCCGUGUCUGACGGUGCAGACCUCAAAGUCCUCGAGGCAUCCGAAAUCACGCCGGGCGCCACAGUGGCGACCAGCCUAUCUUUGCCAGAUGUCAAGAUGACUCCCAGGCUUCUGGAAACUGAGGUUGAAGCAGAAUUGCUGCAGACUGCUCCAACAGAUCCAGCCAUGCCGGAUGAAGGCCUGGUUCAAGCGUUGCUGGCGUGUGCGGUGGCGGGCUUCCUCUUCAUCACUCUUGUGUAUCGUGCACCCCAUGCCAAGGCCCCGACCACCGCCCCGACGACCCCGGCGAAAAGCGCCAUUGCUGCGCCGCCGCCGCGGCCGCGGCCGACCAAGCGGACGACGCCAGUGCCGGAGCCGGAGCCACCGGUGACGCUGGAGGAAGAUGCUGCGCGGGUGAAACGAGCCGAUCGGCUGGCGCCGUUGCGCUUGGAGCUGUCGCUGUGCGGGAACUUUGCAGAGCAGCGACUCCAGCUGACCAGUGCUUUGUUGGCUGGGCUUCUGCUGGGUGCUCAGGUGGUUUUGCCGUCCCAGAUGGCUAGUGGACGUGUGACAUUCGGCGAGCUAUUUGACACUGAAAUCCUGUUGCACUUGGUGCCUGUGGCCUAUACCAGAUACUGGUGUGUCAGGAGGAACUGGACAGCUCAUUCCGUCUGGUGUGGACAAGACUGGCUUCCUGGCGUUUUGACGCGUGAGGUGGUGGAGGAGUUAGAAGCUGAAAACAAGGCGCCGCAGGCCCCCUGGGCGAAGAUGGCGCUGCCAAAGGACCGAACGGCCGCAGACUUGCCGAGACUGGGUGAGGAGUUGUGGAGGAGGCUUUUGCCCAAGGGGCUGCCGGAGGAUGGAACGCUGAAGACCAGCAGUGCCAUGCUCCUGAAGGUUGACUGCAACUUCUAUCAGCAGGUCAAUAUCAGCGAGCCAGAUAGUGCUUUUAGGUUCUUCUGGGAGAUCUCGGACGCGUUGGUCCCUGCGGAGAAUAUUUAUGAGAUUGUGGAAGCCACGAAGAGGAACAUCUUCAAGGGCUAUGCCCUCCAAGCGGAGAAGAAGUCCAAGUUAUUGGGCUACCAAAAUACCGAGGAGGUGAGCUUUGGCAUGUUGGAGUUGACGAACGAGGAGUGCUCAGAGCCCUGCGUUGACGUAGGCAAUGUGCUGCUCUCCGAGGGUGUCUCGCCCUUCAUGCCGAUCUACGUGACCGGGGCCGCGCUGUUGUCCUCGGCCUCAGCCAGGAGGCUGGUGCUGGACAAGGUCUAUACAGUGGUCACCAAGCAGAUGCUGGAGCUCCGCGUCGCCUCGCGUGCGGAGGAGCUUGUGGAGGCGAUCGACUUCAUCCUGGCCAAGCACGCCAGCAUGUUCUCCGGGCCCUCGGGAUCUAUCUCCUCCUCCUUGGCGACCUUGACCCGUCUCCAGCUGGGCCGUCCCGCCUUUCACUACGAUGGAGGAACGACGCUUCUGGAAUUUCAAGAGAUUUUGAGACCAAAGAAGUCUACAACUCUGCCCGUUUUUCGAUACCCAAUCAAAUGGGUGUUUUCCCUUGCCGCACGUGCCAAGAUUUCCUCCGCCUGGAACAUGAGCCUGGCUGCAGUCAGAAGUUCGGCGGUCCAUGGGGAUGCUGUGGUUCCGGUGUGCCUCACUGACGCAGAGCCAGAGAGUGUGAUGGUGAAAGCAUUGAUCCAGUUGGGUGUGCGGGUCUUGCAUCAUUUGCCUUCUUGGGCAGACACUGCUUCUGCUGUGUGGAGGCAAUGGAAGAGCAAGUCGGAGCGGAAGUGGAAAUUCACGUUUCCCGAGUUCGACGAUUUGAAGGGCGCAUGCAUGCGCUUGGAUGUUCCAGUGGUAGGGAUCCUGGACCCCUUGGUGCUCUACACCGAUGUGGACAUUCUCUUCCACGAGCGGCUUGAGUGGCCGAAGAUCCUGGGACUGACGGAGCAUGGUGACCGAGAUCAGGAGGCCUUGCAUGCCUUGGCGCACAGUACGGAGUACGGUACCUUCACUCACCCCAGUGGCGGCAUACCGGAGUUCUUCAGCAUGGCUACGGAACUCAUCCAGAGCUACAAUGUGGAGAAGACCGACACGGGCGUGAUGCUCAUGAAUCUGCGAAACUUGCAGAAGACCUAUGUCAACUUCACUCAGUUCCUCUUCAACCGGAAGAAAGCAUGGGAUUAUGUGCCCUCCGAUCCCUGCAACUACAAGGCCUUCUAUCGCAGCAACAAAGGCAAGCUGCUUUCUGGGUCUCUUCCCUUCGCCAUGAGUUGGAAGCCCUGGUGGGAGGUGAGCAGCGACGUUCUCAUUACACACUUCCAUGGUCCCAAAUGCGAUUCGGAUAUUUUGCCCUAUGUCUACGAAGGGAUGGUCCGUUUUGAGCCCUUUCGCUCGUUCUUGGAGAAGUGCUCGAAAGAGAAGCAGUGUCAGAAGCUCUGUCAAUAUUACCAAUCUUACCUGCACUCGGUCUAUCGGAGCUUGCGGAAAGCUCAUUUGGUCCUUUCAUGA